AUGUCCAUAGCUCUGAGGAAUGCGAAAAACACGAAGAAAUAUGAAAAGGAACAAGCAGUCGACAGUCUCAAGCUAAUGGAAGACAACCUUAUUCAGGAAACCUUACAGAGCCUUAGCAGAGAUGGCACUGUUCCUUGCAAGUGCCGUCACUCACCAGUGCCAGCUAAUGAAUAUGCAGUUGAGAUGCCAUGCCCGGGCCCCUUCAACGUCACGGGUAUGUACGGUUUCGUGGUGUCUCCAGGGUACCCAGGCAACUACGGACAUCACCGUGACUGCACGCUGGAUCUCUGGUCGACCCACGGCACACGAAUCGUCCUGACUUGGCUCGACUUCCACCUCGAGCCGUCAGAGGGUUGCAGAAAGGACAGCGUCACGAUCACUGAUUAUGACUCUUCGGGCAAACCUGUUGGGAAGAACACGACCUGUGGCUGUGGCAUAACGGACCGCACGCUGUUCACCUCCAACCACGUAAGCCUCCACUUUCGAAGCGACGCCCACGGGAACUUCUGCGGGUUCGAGUUCUUCUGGUAUAGCAUCUAUAAGGAGUGAAAGAUGACAACAAGGGAGAGUCCGAAGAAAGAAAAGGAGAAAAAAUAAAUAACAGAAUUAUGCAUAAAAGCAACCAGAAGAAAGAAAAUGAGGUAGACAGCAUGCGAGGAAAGAAGAAAAUCGCAUGCAUACG